AGGACUUGUGAGUUUCUAUGUACUUCUCUGUAUUUUUUAAUAUCUCACAACAGUGUAAAUUUAUAAACGCACGAAAUAAGAGGUUAUGGAUGAAUUGGAACCUAAAGUUUUAUAUUUUUGAUCUUUAAAUAGAAUUAAUAUUUAUUGUAUUUUAAUUUCAUCAUGGAAAACGUGCUACCAUUAGGUGAACUACCCUACUGUAAGGGAUUAUGGUCUGUAAUAUCUGGAACUACUUGUCGUUGUGAUAAAGAACUUGUAGAAGAUGAAUUUAUAAAUGGAACGAAAUUACUCAAAGAAGGUUUACAAUUUUUCCAAAUGUAUACAGAGUCCUCGCUUCAAAAUAUUUCUAAACAAAAUCCUCCCCCCCGGAUGUAUGAUUUAAUUAGUAAACUUGCUCCAUUAAUUAAUCUGGAUGCAAUGAUUACCUGGGAUUUAGUUUGCAAUUUCAUGCUAUAUGAAUAUCGUAACUGUGCGGAAACUUUUGCUUCUCAACUCACAGAUCUAAGUACUAUGAAAGUUUUAAUUGAUGAUAUUUGGAGCUUUUAUUAUUCUGAAAGAGUAACACUGAUCAAAUGUUUAAAAUUGAUAGUUGAAUAUAAAAAUAAUAAAAGACAUCCAAAUCAGAAAGAAUUUAUAAAAUUCUUUGAUGUAGUUUUACUAGGUGAACUUCUGACUUCUGUACAAAAGCAAGUAGAAUCAUUAAAGUUUAUUAAUGCUCCAGUAAGAUCUCAAUUAUGUACAGAAGAACAUUUGCAUAAAUUAUAUAACAGUACCCUUAUUGAAAUGAGAGAACUACUUCACAUAUUAACUGUAAUUGUACAUGACAUUCAUAUACCUGCAAAGGAUUUUAAUAAAUUUUAUGGAAGCAUUGGGGGUGUCCCACGUAGAUUGAUUCAUUCAAAAAGUCAUGAAGAUAAGGCAGCAGUAGAUAAAAAAAUUCAAGAAAUACAGUAUAGUCAAGCAGCUCUACUCCUUGUUGCAUUGGAUGUUAGAAAACAUCCUGAAAUGGAAUUUUGGAUAAACAGUGUUCGAGAUAGUAUGCAAGAUAUUUUUGAACAUAAAUGCAUUCGUGACAGUUCCAUACAAGAUAGUUCAUUACUUUUGUCAUGGAUGUUAUCAAAUUAUGCUAUAGAUCCAGAGAAUGUUGAUCUAUUAAAUCAAUUUAAACCCUUUGGUAUCAAAGCUAUUCAACUUGACGUCUUCCAUUAUCUUCAAAGUUUGAUGUUAAGUGAAAUGAUUCAGGAAGAGACCUAUUAUGCUACAAUUGUACGCAGUAGUGUGUACAAUCUUCUCACAUUGGUCUGUGCUUUUAUCGAUGAAGAUCGAUUAUGUGCAUUAAAUGGCAUUUUUGAUGCUGUUGCUUCUACAGUCAAAUUUCCAGAAACUGCAACUAGAUUUUGGGAUGAACGCAAUGAUGGUAUAUGGGUUAUAUAUAAUGUUGCUACUAAAUGGUUUCCUUAUAAAUUUGAACCUCUUACAAACAUUGCAACUGGACUUGCAAUUGCUUCAAUUAAUAGCGCAAAAAAGAUUGUAAAAGAAUUAGAUAUGUUAACAUCAUUAACUUUAGAAGUUCCUCGACAGCGAGAUCAAAAUAAACCAAUAAGACCAUAUGAACGAGAAUGUACGAUACAUAAAAAUCUAUUUUCUAUUAAACCAGGAUGUUUACGAGAAAAUGUUCUUGUACUAUCCAGUGAUAACGAAGUAGUAUUAUUCAAAACAAGAGCUAGUUAUUGGGAUGCAUUACAUCACAGAAUAGAACAAUUAUUUUCACAAGCAGGUGGUGGGAUAGCAAAUAUUUGUAAUAUGCAAACUAGUCUAUUGGAUAAUGUUACUCAAGGAUUAAAACUGUUGGAAUCUUUACUUGCUAAAGAUAUAGAUAUACCACAAAAUAUGGUUAUACCAACAGAACUAUGUUUUGAAAUUAUUAACAGAUUUUCUUAUCCAGUUCUACCUCCAAACAUUUAUCGAAUCGUUACCGCAUGCAUAAGUAUCUCGUCUAAGCUGGUAUUAAGAUAUCCUGAAGAUAUUCUAUCUCGAAUGCAUGCAGGAGUUUAUCCAAAAUUUAACGAUUGGUAUCAAAACCCUUCAGACUUUGCUGAAGCAAUUUCUUUCGAUGGUGGUUUAAUUGCCUCUUGGCUAUCCUGUAUAGAAACCAUAGAACAUUCUUACCCAAUUCUCUGUGCAUAUCUUGAUACCUUAUCUAGUUAUAUAAUAACAAAGCACAAUAAAGAAGCUAUGUAUAUGAUCGAAAUACCAGGGAUAGUAUUUCUUUUACAAGGUGUCUUACCAAAACUGGAUUCAUGGUAUUUUAAAAAUGAUGCUGAAAGAUUGGAAAUUUGUCUAAAGAGUAUGUUCUGUCUUCACCGUGUACUUGAUUCGAAUUUAUCUGAUGACGAUAUAAGAAAAAAAUUACAAUUAACUGUUACAUAUAGUCUUCUCUAUUUAGAGCCUAGACAUGCACUACUGAAAUUAGUGCGUACAGGAGAGCGCAACCUGCAUAAUAAAAUGAUCACGGAAACGGAUUGGAUAAGCGGUAAAGGAUUCAAAGCCAUAAAAAGUGUACAGUUGGCAUUAUCGAUAGUAAAUCGAUUAUUGAUGUUUAGACAAUCUUUUGGUUUAGAAUACAAUGACAGAUCUCCAUUGGAGAUUGCUUUAUAUUCUUCACCACGAGUACCAAAUAGUCUUUUAAUAGUACCAACUAUAGUUAAUUAUCUAUAUGUGUGGUUUAGUCCUUCGUUGCAAGCAAUGGCUGUCAGACUUUUAACGAAAUUUGCAGAAGGAUUCUCUAUGUCACUGCUAGUUUGUAUGGGCAUGGAUGGUACAGCAAUAAGGGAAACUUUUGCUUCUCGAUUAAUGUCACCGACGUGUGCGGUAGAAGUCAAAGUUGCCAUUCUCGAAUUGGUUGCUGUUUGUUUGGAAAAACAACCUGGCUUGACUGAAGCUCUAUUUAACAUAAUGCAUCAAGCAGAACGUAAAAGAAUAUUUCCACGACCAGUCGACGAAUUUCUCACAGAGGGUUGCAGUCAAUUUCUAGAUCUUUAUUUACGUCGAAUAUAUAAAGAAGAGGAUAUCGUUUAUGAUAGACUAUACGAAAGUACGAUGAUUCUAUUGCGUGCAAUGUGGUAUCAUCGCAACGAAAUUCUUGUAAAUUUCUUCCGUAAACGAGAAGAAUUUUGGAGCCAUCUCUUUGCUCCCCUUUUUAGAGAAAUAGUACCAGUAGCUAAAGGCUAUUCACAGCUUUUAGAUAUUAUUACAUUAGAAUUGUUCAAGAGCCCGUUAUUGGAAAAUAAUUUUUCUAUGAAUUUGAAAAAGUUAUUGGAUAAAACUAAGGACCACUGGCAAAGAUUAUCGAAUUAUGUAUUGAGGAUAAUGCCAAUCGAGGAAAAUAUGGAUACAAAAAAAGAUCAAAAGCACGAUGCUAAUAAUUUAAAAAGUUUAUAUGAAAAGAACUUAGAAUCAUGGUACAAUUUUAUCGUUACUCUUACAGACGAACGAAAUGCAAAGAAUUAUCCUAUCAAUAUUUCACAAGCACAACUCAUAACGCAACUCUCUUUAGAUGCUUUACUUGAACAAUUAAAACAACUAAAUGAUACUGGUAUCGCAAAAAGAGCUAUGCUUUUAGCUUCACUAUCAUUGCGAUGUAUUACUUCAUGGAAGCAUAUGUGUGUAGGUGACUCACAAAUUUUUAAAAACAAACUAAUGAAACUUACCCAAGAGAUUGGUCAAGAAUACCGAGGAUAUGGAAAAUCUCUACGUCAAACAUUGAUUUCUUUGUUACUUGGUUGUGUGCAACUAAUAAAAAGCACUCUUGCAGAGGACACAAUUAGUCUUGAAUAUUUGUUAAACUAUUCAUGUAUAAUUGCUACUAAUGAAUUGGAAGAGCUACGAGAAUCAGCUAUUCAAUUAUUUAAACAAAAACAGGCAUUUCCACAAGAUACUAGCAAAAAAGAAAUAUCAUUGAUAGAUACGAGUACUGUGAAAGGUGCUGAAGAAAUGAAUAUAGAAACUGUCCAAAGUACCCGCAAGAGUUUGCCAGCAACAUUAACAAUCUGUCUGGUGACUCAACUUCUACGUUCUUACGUAGAACGUAGUCAUUCAACUAAACGUCGUCGAAAAGCUAGUUGUGCUCAGCUUCGUCAAAUGAUACCUGAGCUGAUAACAUGUGUCUGCAUUACUUUACAAAAGUAUCCUUACCUCAAAUUUAGUACAGCGGCAUUGAAUUUACUUAGCAUAAUAACACGUUCGCCUUAUUGUCCAAAGUCAAUAAACGAGAAUGAUACUGCUAAAUUAUGGCUAGCAUUAAUACCACCUGUAGAUAUCGGUAGCAGUAUGCUUGAUUACCUAUAUGAUGACACUCCCAAUGGUCAAUGGCGAUGUCAGGAUUGGUGGCCAAUUUAUACUCUUGGAUUAGAAAUCAUUAUGGGCUUAGUAACAAGUGAAACUCCAUCAAUAUAUAUAAAACCUAUAGUGAUAUUUUUAAAUUCUCAUGAGUACCAACUCAUGACAGUAUCAACAUUACUCAGACAUACAGCUGAUCUAUUUGCUGCCGAUUUAAUCCAAAGUUUGGUUGCUCUCAUUCAUAGUAUGGCAACUCAAGAAUAUAUUUGGAACUCUAUACCACCUAAUAUACGUGAAACACUGAUCAAAUGUAUGUAUCUUGCAUAUGACAGUACUGUAAACUUAUUAUUGCGACCGCGAAUAUUAAAAUUUAUAAUUGAUGGUAUAAGCGUGGAGAGUGCAGAAGAGCUAAAGUCUUGUGAUGAGAGAUUACCAAGCGGUGAAUUAAAAUUACUUGUGAACAAAUUGAUAGUAAUUAAUACUACUUGUGCUUUGUGUUUCGUUUACUUCUCACCAAGAUUGAAUACUCUCGUCGAUACCAUAUACACGCAAGAUUUUUGGUAUACACCAAUGGCUGAAAUGAACUUUGGUGCACCUCAAAUGAGUAUAAGUUCUGGUCCACGAUUAACUUAUGGUACAAUUAUUAGUUCCACGCAAUUAUUUACACAAGCCUUACAUUCAAGAAUACAUACAACUAGCAUAUUGUCUGUAUCUUCAACAAAUCAACCUGGUAAAGAGGAUAAAAGUGACUCUGCUAAAAGAGAAUGGGAACGUGCUGCACCUGAAAAUAUUCGACGAAUGCACACAAGCAAGGAUUUAAGAAGAAUCAUACAUGCUGCUUCAGGUUCAGCAACCUCAAGAUCUGCAUCAGCAAAUAUAGCUGCUGAUUAUCUUGGAUAUGUUAGCGGGCUUGAUGUGACAGUACCGUUAUUAAGCAGUCCACGUCUCGUUCGACGACCCUAUGAUCCUCUUAUCUGCGAGAAUACUAUUCUCUCAAAAGCAACUGCUUUAGCAGCUGGAAGACACGUCGCUAAGGGCGGUAGUGGGACACCAUCAGGUACUAAUAAUGAUAGUCCAAGUGUAGCAAAAAAUCAUACAAAUAAAUUUAGUGAUCCCUGGUUCGAAUCGAUGGACGAAAAUAAUACAAGAUUAGCGCUCGAGAUCAAUCUUGUACUGAUACUUUGUCAAGCUCUUGAAGGUGUUAGAAGUCCAAGAUUAGCGCUACGAGAUCGUCAACUGAUAGCACGUGAAACAGCCACAGAAUUAGUUAUUUUCUUUGAUUUUCUUGAACACCGUGGUACUCCUGACAUUUGGCAAGUUAAGGGAUCUCUUCUUGAUGUUGAUGCCAAGAGUGUGAGAACGAUUCAAGAUACUAUGGAUCCUAUUCAAAAGAUGUCAAAUGCUAGACUUCGUGAAGAUAGUACCAUUAAUAAAGUACCAGUAACUUUAGCGAAUGCUGACGAUGAUUCCUUUAAAAAUGAACAAGAUGUUCUCGAAAAGAGACUCGAUGAAAAUAUUUUAACUACUGGAACUUUCGCAGCAAAUAUCAGUAGUGUUCAAUUUUUACCAUUAAUGGGAAAAUUAUUGAAAUCUGUGGUAGAAUCAUUAGAUUCAAUGCAUUACUAAUCUCUACAUAUGAUCCACAUAAGAAGUAAAAUAUUUUCCAAAGUCAAUGUUUUUUAUAAGUACAUACAUAUACAGAUUGCUGAAAGACUGAAAAGAAAGAAACAUUGUUUGUACAGUGAUAUUGUUAUGAUAAAAUCAUAAGAAAUUAAAUACAUUUAAUGAAAAAGAAGUAAAGGUAUUUAACAAAAAGCAAAAUAAAUAAAUAUAAUCCUGCUUGUUUA